AUGGCUGGCUGGCUGGAGUGCCUGACUCGGUAUGAGUCUCCGAAAUACAUACGUGUUCAGAGUGUUGCGUACGGAUCUAUGAAAAGUUUCUGUGACAUAAUUGUUGCUUUGCUUAUUUGUUAUCUGGCCGGUUAUAUAGUCAUCAGUAACAAAUUCUAUCAGAAGAAGGAUGAAGUUAACAGCUCAGUUCGCACUAGUGUGAAGGGAGUGGCUUACGCAAACGACAGGAUCUGGGAUACAGCAGAAUACGCUAUGUCAAUGCAGGCGGUAAACUCUCUUUUCAUCAUGACCAACAUCAUUAAGACAGAGAAUCAGCUUGAGUGGAGGUGCCCUGAGUAACCCUUCGCCAAAGCUAUCUGCUCUUCAGACAAGUCCUGUGAAAAAGGGAGUGUAGAUAUCCACAGUCAUGGAAUUCAACCAGGAAGAUGUGUGAAUUAUAAUGCAACAGUUAAAACCUGUGAGAUCAGAGCAUGGUGCCCUGUGGAAUCCAAGGAAGACCCCCCUGAGCCUGCUGUUCUGAGGAGUUCUGAAGACUUCACUGUGUUCAUAAAGAACAACAUUCACUUCCCAAAAUUUGAUUACACCACACUAAAUAUUCCACCAAAUUUAAAUACUACCUGCACACACAACAAGAUAACUUCCCCGCUCUGUCCAAUUUUUCGUCUGGGAGAUAUCCUUCAGGAAGCAAACCAGAUUUUUUCUGAGCUGGCAGGAGGAGUCAUUGCCAUUGAGAUUAACUAGGGCUGUAACUUGGACAGCUGGUUUUACAGCUGCAGUCCAAAGUAUGUUUUCCACCACCUUGAUGGGAAAAAAAUAAAGCCUGGAUUCCACUUCAGAUAUGCAAGGUACUACAAGCCACUACAUGGGAAGCAGCAGAGAACCCUUUCCAAAGUCUAUGGAAUACGGUUUGAUGUCCUUGUCUUCGGCACAGGUGGAAAAUUUAACGUCAUUGAACUCAUUAAAAAUGUAGGGUCCAUGAUGUCCUUUUUUGGUUGGGCUGUGAGUGCCAUUGAAGUUGUUAUUUGUCUAUGUAAUUGCUCCGGCUGCAGCAAAUCAUUCUACAAAAUUUACAAGAGGAGAAAGUAUGAGACUAUUCUGAAUCCAACACAGGUGAUGUAUGUGUCCUAUGUUGAUGAGCCACAUGUUACCUGGAUAAAGAAACCUCUGAAAACAAGCUUGCAGCAUGCUGAAGGCAGCAUUGUUGAGUUGGAUGAAGCAGCAAAUGCUGUUUUCUUUAAUUUAUGUUGGGAAUUGUUGUUGCAAAGCCACCCUGUAAAAUUCUGUGAUGCUGGCAGCUGCCGCAGCAGCGAGUCCAACGAGAAACAUGAUAAUGAAGAAUCCAAGCUGAAACCUCUCAGACAAGGGGCCUCUUCUCCAGUCUGCCAAAAGUGGUGCUUCUGUGGCAAAUGCCAGCCAACCCAGAAGCCCCACGAGCAGCUCUGCUGCCGAAGGAAAAAAGGGCCGUGCAUCACCACCUCCCAUUGGUUUCAGCAGCUGGUGCUGUCCAGUCACACCCUGAAGAAAGCCCUUCUCUACAAAGACCCUUUUCUGGACUUGACGGAUGGCAAUAUCAACAACCAGCUGCGUCACCUUGCUUAUAAGCAAUACAUUCACUGGCGCUUUGGCUCUUUUGAUCUGGAAGACAAAGCCAUCAUCCCAAGCUGCUGCAGGUGGAAAAUUAGAGAUACUUAUCCCAAAGCAGUCAACAGCUAUACUGGUUUUAGGAUGGAAUGGGGAUGUAGCACAACUUGA